AUGAAGGCAAAGGAAUGUCACAUUGCAAAGCUGGAGCGCCAGGUGCAGUUCUUAUUGUCUUUGAACGAGCAGCUGUGGAAGUGCAAGGAGGCUCAUCCAGGGACACCAAGAACCAGGUCGUCUUGCUCAACAGCAUGCCCAUCAGCGCCAGAGUUGUCGCCUGAGACGUCGCCAAAGUCGUGGACGCGCGAGGCCAAGAUGGAAAGCACGGCGGUCUUUGCGACUGCCUUGGAGCAGCAGUUGCAGCAGUCGCAGGAGGAGUGCAGCGCUGCCAAGGCAGGCCAAGGCAGCGCUGGAAGCCGAGCUGGAGCAGUCCAAGGCUGCGGCCUCAGCUGCAGCCUCGGCUGCGGAGGAGGCCAAGGCACGUGA